GUUCUACUGGUCUCGCAGUAUAAAAGCAUGCUCCUGUAUCUCGUUUUUAAAAGUUCCAAAGCCAUUUUUGUCAGUGACUGUUUUUUGAAACUCGGGAAAAAUGAAAAUCGCAGUUUGUUUUCUUACUUUCAUAAUCGGCUAUACGUAUGCCACCACGUGUUCAGACUCGAAUCCGUGUGAUCCGAAUGUGACUUCAUGUGGCCAGGGUUAUCACCUGAAAUGUCUUGCCACAUCAGCAACUGAGAAUAACUGUGUCUGUGUGGACACUAAUAAUCAUGGUGCACAUACCUGCACGACACAAGCCGACUGUCAUGCUAAUCAUUUACAUCACUGUAACCAUGGUCACUGGCAAUGCCAAAAUGGACACUGUCACUGCGGAAGUGGUGCUGGUAACGGAAAAAAAUAAAUUGUAUGUGUACAUGAAAAGUGAUGAAUAAAUACAUUACUUGAA